AGGGCCCGCUUCCUCCCGCCAGUCGUGGCUCCGGCUUUGCACCCGGCGGCGACUGAGAACUGUGUGGCGACUGCGGAGCCAGCAGCGCAGGCGGGCGGAGCGGAGCUGUCCGGCCCGGUGGCGGGCGAUGCCCCCGUGAGUCUCUGUCGCUGCCCCUCCCCGCCCCGCGUCCCUACCCCUUCGGAGUCCGCGCCCGUCCGGGGCCGGGCCGCGCCUACCGCUGGGUCCGCGGGGCGGGGUCCCGGGGCAGCACCUGCCUUGCCUUGCGGCGCCACUCUGCCAGCGGAACCCCGCUCCAGGCGUGGACCCCGGCCCCACCUCGGGAUCCUGUCAUCACAUUGCUUCCCCCUGGAAGCCUGCCCUGAUUGCCUUUACCUUCUUCUCUGAAAAUCGGUGUCUCAACAGAAGUGAAGCUCUGUGCAGACUUGGGGCUGUGCUGUUGAGAGAGCACAGCCCCUUGUGAUGCGGAGCGUCACACGCAGACUCAGCAACUCGAAUUGCCUGAAGCCCUGCCAUCCUGGGGACCAUGUUUAACGGGGAGCCUGGUCCAGCCUCGGCUGGGGCCUCCAGGAAUGUAGUGAGGAGCUCCAGCAUCAGCGGUGAGAUCUGUGGAUCCCAGCAAGCCGGAGGCGGGGCCGGGACCACCACAGCCAAGAAACGGCGCAGCAGCCUGGGCGCCAAGAUGGUGGCUAUUGUCGGCUUGACCCAGUGGAGCAAAAGCACACUGCAGCUCCCCCAGCCUGAAGGGGCCACCAAGAAGCUGCGCAGCAACAUUCGACGGAGCACAGAGACGGGCAUUGCCGUGGAGAUGCGGAGCCGUGUAACCCGCCAGGGCAGCCGGGAGUCUACCGAUGGGAGCACCAACAGCAACAGCUCCGAGGGCACGUUUAUUUUCCCCACACGGCUUGGAGCUGAAAGCCAGUUCAGUGACUUUCUGGAUGGCCUGGGACCAGCCCAGAUAGUGGGACGACAGACACUGGCCACACCCCCCAUGGGAGAUGUGCACAUUGCCAUCAUGGACCGGAGUGGCCAGCUGGAGGUAGAAGUGAUUGAAGCUCGGGGCCUGACCCCCAAACCAGGCUCCAAAUCCCUCCCAGCCACCUAUAUCAAGGCUUACCUGCUGGAGAACGGGGCAUGUGUGGCCAAGAAAAAGACAAAGGUGGCCAAGAAGACUUGUGAUCCCUUGUACCAGCAAGCUUUGCUCUUUGAUGAGGGGCCCCAAGGCAAGGUUCUACAGGUGAUCGUCUGGGGAGACUAUGGCCGUAUGGACCACAAGUGCUUCAUGGGUAUGGCCCAGAUCAUGCUGGACGAGCUGGACCUGAGUGCUGUGGUCACUGGCUGGUACAAACUCUUCCCCACAUCCUCUGUGGCCGACUCCACACUUGGAUCCCUCACCAGGCGCCUGUCUCAGUCCUCCUUGGAGAGUGCCACCAGCCCCUCGUGCUCCUAAGGACCUCGAUGAAGACAAGAGGCCAGGGGCUAUUGGGGGAAGGGAGCCUGCUGGACCCACCACCCCCUGUACAUAGUCUCCAUGACCUUCUGGACCCCUUACCCUGCUGCAUGCCUGUGGCCACUGGGCUUGUCCCAGCUGGCAGUGGAGACUGUAGUGUGUGUCUGUGUGUCUCUCUCUGUGUAUGUGUGUGUGUGUCCAUAUAUCUGUCCAUUUGUCUGUGUACAAUCAGUCCUGGUGAUCUCAUGGACUAUAUAGUCCACAUCUCUGUAUCUUGCUGGAAAGAACCCAAAGGAGCAUCAUUCGGACACUUCUUGCCCAUGGAGUCUCCAGGGGUGGCAAUAGGGGAUGUGGCCACCAGUGGGCCUCGCUUAGUCCCUGCCUUGUUGUCUUAUGGUCUCCACUUGCUUUUCUGUCCUGUCUUUUUCUUUGCCUCUCCCAGCAUUGCUGCUCUUUUUUGAGGAAUGUAGCAUCCAUUGCGGCUGACCACACCUGGUUCCGUCUAGGAACCUACGUCUCUCCUCCCUACCACGGCCACGAUGGUGGUCAACCCAUUGAACGCACUCCACAGCAUGUAGCAUGCUCACCCAGUGCCCUAACCAGGGCCCCGGGAAGACAGAGAAGGGUGUCUGGGGAGGAGGAUGCUGGCCAGACACACUAGAGGAUGUGCUGGGACCUCUCCUCCCUGGAGUGUUCCCACAUACCAAAGGAGCUGCCCAGUGGACCCAGGAGGUUGCAAAUAGCUGGCCUUCUCAGGCAUCAAGGGUGGCCCUGUCCCCUUCUGGGGUUAUUCCUGAGGGAACAUGGCGUGGUAAGAGGUGCCACAGAAUUGGCUCCUUGCUGGAGGAAGGAAGGCUAAGGUUAAUUUGUUUUGAGCCACAGUCAGGAAUCCUGUCUUACCUGGGAUUAGCUACAUGAAGCUGUUCUUUCAGGGUUCAGCUUUCUUUGCUCAUCUGUAGACACCAGACCCCAUCUGGAGUCCGGACACACCGGGGCUCCAGCCUCCAGCUCUGUGGGCAGCCUGGCUCUGCAGUCAAGGGUGCCUCUGUCACCAGCUCUGUACCAGCAAUACUCACCCCUCCUCCACCUCCCUGACUUUCUUGAGUGGGUCCCUGCUCCCCUAGGCAGUGGUCUGCUCUAGGCAUCUCAGCUGCCUCUGCUUUACUCCCCCUUCCCUUGUCUGCCUGGGGCUCCUACCAACCACUGAGAACACUGUUGGAGGGACUAGUGCCUGGACCAGAUCCCAAAAUGACCGUUGUGAAUACUAAAGGCUGGCUCUGGACUGCUGCAUCUGUUCCUUCCCUCCUUAGCUAUGGGGUGGAAUUGGAGGCUGCCUGGGAGAUGGCAAAGCAGCCCUGGUCCAUGUCUACUGGGAGGAAGGAGGCAGGGGAUGGGUAGGGGAUAGGGAAGACUCUUCUGUCUGCCUCUUUCCCAGCCCAUGCCUCUAGUAUAAGUGCCUAGGCAGAGAGAGCUACAAGGGUAACUGAAGAGCCUUGGCCUGUAUGCGAAUCCCAUUUGCACCAAAGCUGGGGUGCACAAAGCCAUCCCAGCCCGACAGGCCUCCCUGGAGUCAGAGUCCUGCACUCACCUUUCAAAGAAAGGCAGUGAAGAGGCCUCCAUGUCAACUCGGGGGAGGAGGAGGAUAUUGAACGGGACUGAGGAUGUGUCCUUGCAGGCAGGAGAGUGAGGUGGGGGCCAGCGAAGUUCUCUUGCCAGCCUUUCUGGCUGGAGAGUAUAUAUGUAUCUCCCAUGUCACUAGAUAUGGGGCAAAGUGCUCUUGGCCUCCAAGCCUUAAUGGGUUGGGGGGCAAGGAGGAAACUAGCUUGCAAAAGGCUGUUUUCAUCUUGCUCGAGGUAUGUGCGCCUUUAAAGCAGUUACCCUCCGGAUGGUGUGAAAGCCAUUUGGAGUGGAGGAGUGUCAGUGACAAUACAGACCUUUGUGGAUAUGGCAUUGAGUCGCUCCCAGAUGUGGGAGCUGCCAGCAGAGUGUCCCUCACCUCUUAGGAGGGUCAGCACAGGGGAUGCUGUAGCCAGAGGAGGGGCUGAUGUGCUGGGAACUCACGCUGACCUGCCUACAGUCCGAGGCUGUAAACUACCUAAGAGAUGGGCACUUGGCUGUCCCCCACCUCCAUGGAAGAUAAUCCCCCUCCCCAAUCGAUUUUGGGGAAUUCACUCUUCUUAACAGUAAGUAAUCCCAUCUAGAUGUUUGCUCACUUGUGUGGGUUGUGUAAGGCUAGUGUGUACAUGUGACGGGGAGGCUGUGCUUAAAGCUCUGCUUCUCAGCAUGCUGGAUGCCAUUCCGGAAGCAGGUGUACCCAAGUGUGACUCUUGCCUGGGCUGGAAGCGAUCUGCCCUUUGAGGGAAGGACAUUGGGUCAAAAAGUAACUGGAUCCUUGUGAAUUCCCUUACCAGCUGGCCACCUCACAUAACCCCUUGCUGCAGGUGGCAGUGGCUGCAGGAAUGGGAUUUGGUCAUCCUGUCUCUAUGGUGGGCCAGAUUCAUCAGUGAUGUGGCUGGGACAGGGGCGGCCCUGCAGCGAUGCUGGGAUGUGGGCAGGGGCAGUGAUAAAUGACUCAGAGCAUACGUCUUUGUACCUCUGCCCUGUUCAGCCUGUCCCACUUUUUAACAGAUUCCUUUCCUACAAGGAAAGCAGAGAUGGGACUCUGUGAUAGGAAGCAUUCUCUAGGAGAUGGGCCAAGUCUUGGUUUGACAGGGACAUUUGAUCCUUUGGGGGAGGAACUGGCUCUGAAGGCGCUCUCAUCCCACCGGGCUCUGAACAUCACCUCUUCAGCAGGUCCCGGGCAACGCCAGCAUGCUAUGGGAAGGAAGCAGAGCCGAGAGAAGCUCCAGGGAGGUCGGGGUGGUGGUACCCGGAUGGGUCUGCCCUUAGGAUCUCGGUGUCCGGAGCGCUGGGGUCAAGCUAACUCUCCCAGGGGCUCAACCCUCAACCGGGGAAGCAUGCCAGCCCUUCCUUAACUGCCAGCCUGGGAGAGACCAGCAGCCUCUGUUUUUGUUUUUGUUUUAAAGACAACUGAGCCCUCCUGGGGCAUUUCUUUGAAAAUGAAAUGUAGCACAAUCCUCAACUGUGUUCCCAGGAGCCCUGGCAUACCCAGAGCUCCCGAUACCUCACUUCUCCAUCGCCCUUGGCCUAGGAGGCAGUAGUGCCCUAGCAAGGCUGCUUUUCCGUGUUUCUCUGAUUGCGUCCAGCACUGUGCAAACUCUAAGAAGUCGCUGCCUUUGCCCAAGGCUGCUCUCCACCGGGUGGGGAGAUGCGGUACUUCAUGUGGUGGCCUGAAGCUUGUCCAGCAGCACGUCUGUAGCGGCCACAGGGAAGUGGACAAGAAGAGGCCUGCUUCCUGCCACCACCUUUCCUCUCCCGCUCCUCAGUUGUCUCUAAUGCCCCGACACACACAGACUUUCUUUUGAACACACCCCCUCUCCUGCGUCGUCAUUUUCUGAUGGAUGAUCAGAGAGGAGAUGGAAAUGCUGACUCCUCCCCUGCCUUCUCCCUGUGGUCUGCUUCUAGCCCAGGUCAGAAUUGUUCAGAAGAGGCUAGGGAGAUCAACCACCAUCAGAGAGCAGGGGAGCCCCAUCCGAUCAGCCUGGCCUGGCUGGGAAAGGGUCAUUUGGAGAGUGCCUGAGCGUCUUGGAGCAAUGUCAGUGACGCCAAAGAGAGUGACUGGGCCUCCGUGGGCAGAAGCUCUGCCAGUGGAGCUAGAGACGAACACCGCUCAGAUGGCAGCAUGUCCCGCGGAGGGUCCUUGUUCUCUGACAAAGGGCUUAAUCUUUCCAUGUAGCAAAGCAACUCCCCUCCCCCAACCCUGAGCAUGGGCUUCUGUGGGCCCAGCACGGCUGUGCCUACAAGAGAAGCCGCAUAGGUGAGAGAUCUUGUCUCCUCCCUGUCUGUCUUAGCAAGUGCUCCUUCAAAAGCCUGAGUGUUGCUGCUUUGGAGAAACCAGCUCUGGCUGGACACCCGCCAGUAAGGACAGGGCCUUGGGCCUGCAAGGAAGUCCAUAUUGAUGCCAGGAAGGGUCCCUGGGCCUGAGAAUUCCAGGGACCACUGAGCAUCUGCCCCAUUAGCCAAUGACCUGGACAGGGAUGGCUGUUCUGUACCUUUUUUUUUUUUUUUGUCCCCUUUUUUUCUUUUUGCCAGAAACUGUGAAGACCUUGUGUGAGGUAUCUUGCUGGACCUUAGUGUCCUCAUCUGUAACAACCAGAACAUUCGCUGGAUGCUCUGUGACCCCUUCCAGGCUUUGUAAGUCUAUGGCUUGGAGUUGCUGAAGUGGUGAGGGACCAGUUUCGUCCCCGUUGGUUCUCACGCUGGGAGCCCAUCCUCAUUUGGUCCAUGCCCAGUCGUGGCUUCACUCCUUUGCGGUUUGCCCUCCUCACUCCUCUCUCUGGUUUUGGUGAGAAACAACCAAGGGUUGCUAAAGGUGGACAGCUCCCAGGUGCCGUAAUGUCACCACCUCAGCUGAAUCCUGAAUAGGUCCGUGUCCCCACCAGCAGACAGGCUGGGCCAUCGUCAUUCUGCUUCUAGGUGACAGUUCAGGAAGAGUGGACACUCAGAGCCUUUUAAAGGAAUUCUCUCUGAUGGGACGAGAGAGGGAACGUCCUUCUAAGUGUUUAGCUUUUUAAAACCACUUCUUCACCAAUUUCUUUUCCCAAACUUUCUCUCAGAAGGCAGUGUGGCUGCUUCCUCAGGGAAAUCGGACCUGAGACUUCUAGCAACUCCUGUAGCAAUGAGAACUCACAGAAGGCAGGAACCCCUUUUUUAGAAUUUCCAAAUGCAUCCUGCAAAGAGAGAGAGAGAGCUGUUAGGGACUGACAAGCACACUGUUUAGAUAAGAAGCAAUUAGCCUUUUAUAUUUGAGCUGUCUGCAGCAUCUUUCCAAACUGUGGCUCCUGGGUGGCAGGUGGACAGCUGGAAAGGAACCGGCUGUCUCAUGUGAUGUCCUUGCCAAUCCCCCUGAGGAGAAAAUUCUUCACAUGGCUUCUGCAUGUACAGUAUUUGGGCAGAAAAAAAAAAAACAAAAUUAAAGUCCAUUUGAAAUUGGUUU